AUGGCCGAUCUUCCAUGGAAGGAUACCAUACAGUCCUCCUCUUGCUUUCUUUCCUUUCUCUCUUCACCUUCCUUCCUCCUUUCUUUGUUUCUUUCCGUCGCUCCUAGUUGAGCGACGCGUAGCCUGGAGCUUGGUUCGAAAGGAAUGCCUUUCAUUCGGUGCCGCACUUUUUUGGGGUGCCUACCACUUGCGUCGGGGGUCUGGCUACUCUCCCUGGUGGGAUUGAUGUUGGGAGCGUCUGGGGCUGCGGGUAGUUGGAUGGAAAUCAAUCUUAUGGCGUCACAUCCACUACCACUCCAGGACGAGAUCGCACAAUUCGUUCAAGCCAUUGUCUUCUCCUUGCUAGGUCUUUUCUCCAUCCUUGGGUUCGCCGAGGGCAUCUCACAGAAUCGCACCUUCGCCUUCAUCUACUGCAAGCUUAUAGCAAUUCACUACGUGACAACCAUCGCGGCUUUUGCGUUCACAUUAUACUCAACGUUCAGACAUGUUGAUUCGUUGACUGUCGCGUCCUGCAUACAAGGUGACCUCGAUGAGUUCGCUAUUCAGUUCUGUAGCAAGGGUUGGUCCUUCGUGAAAGGGCUCCCAAUCAUCUGGUAUAUUGUCAUUCUAUUGGUUCAGGCUUUUGGAUAUCGAUGAUAUAUCUCGCAUAUCAAAGCAUUUCACAUUCAUGUCCUCCGAUGGACUCUCUUUCCAUUCCAAGGACGUGGAGUAUG